AUGGCGGAGCAUCGCCGUCCAAAGAAGCUGAUUUUUGCUCCUGGUGAUAUCGAAACAAUGCUUUCAGACUCUGCACCAGCUGCUGCUUCUCUUAUAGCUGCAGCUACAGCUGCUACCGUAGCAGCAGCAGACUCUGGAACGUCGACCCCCUCCUCCGCAACAGAAACGCAACUCCUCUCCCACCCCGCACGAGCACACCAGUUCAUCACGAACCCCCCCCUGACAAUCUCGCAAAUGCACCGGACGAAUCCCCUGCAUCAGUUCAAUUCAUGGUUCCGCGACGCACGACUAUCCCCUUCCUCUGCGCCGGAGACGUGCACGCUCGCGACGGCCGAAAUGCCCUCUGGUCGGGUGAGUGCUCGGAUCGUGUACCUCAAGGAACUCGACGAACGGGGCUGGGUGGUGUAUAGUAAUUGGGGGAGUCGACAGGGAAAGGGAAAACAGGUGUUUGGUCUCGAAGGGCCGGAGGAGGAGAUAGGAUCGAUUCCCGAGCCGGACAGUGGUUGUACCUCUGCUGGAAACAAAUGGGGGGCUCUUACCUUUAGCUGGGCGACUGUUGAACGCCAGGUGCGUGUCGAAGGCCUCCUGGAGCCGUUGAGUCGACAGGAGAGCGAGCUGUACUGGCGUACUCGCGAGCGAGGGAGCCAGAUUGGCGCGUGGGCAAGUUGGCAGAGCAAGGUUUUGUGGGAGACUGACUCUAUCGGAGAACCGGGGGAAGAAGUGGAUGGAGGACCAGAUGAGGGUGGUUCUUCUUGUGCGGAGAUUCCUCGCGAUAUCGAUGAAACGGACGUCGAGGACGGACGGGCCGUGCUCGAACAGCGUGUUAAAGAGAUGGAGGCGCGCUUCGCCGGCGUGCAGGAGAUCCCCCUGCCGCCCUUCUGGGGGGGGAUGAGGCUCGUCCCGGAGUCGGUCGAGUUCUGGCAGGGGAGACGGAGCAGGUUACACGAUCGCUUUCGAUAUGUUAGGCUUGCUGAGAAGUGGCGGAUUCAACGCUUGUCUCCUUGACCACCUUACACUCGGUUAUACACUCUAUUCAUACACGCACUACACUACAUACACUUACUACAUACACUGCUAUAUACUUCUAUUCAUAGUAAUCUCAUAUCUGUUUGCAGAUCUUAAGUGGUACUAGGUCUACGCAGGGUAUCUUAUCAAGACACAUCAACCACCACUCUGCAAUACACAUACUCUGCUGCAAUUACUACAUAACUGCAUCAAGUGUCACUAUAAAUUGUCAAUAACUGUGAAUAACUGUCAAUACUGUCAAACUGUCCAUACUUUCAAUACUGUAAUCAUUGCCAGAAUAUACUAUAAUCACCUCAUACCAUGGCACGCUGGAUCCUCCUCGCCCUUGCCAGCGGCGCAUUCGCAGCCUUGAACGGCUUAUUCGCGAAGCUGACAACCGAUAAUAUAACCGCCUCAAUCGCCAACUCACUCUCCCUC